AUGGGGAGCACCGAAGCAAUUGAAGAUUUCGCCCCAACGCCACAGCCGCCCCGCACGGACACGAUCUACCCUGCAGGUGCGCCAGACAUGGGGGACGAGAAGGACAUCAUGCGUGCCGACACCAUGUCAGAGGACCUGGAGGACCAAAAGCAGGGUGCACCCAAGCUCAAGCGGUCGCUCAAGAGCCGCCACAUGGGCAUGAUCGCCAUCGGCGGCACAAUCGGAACCGGCCUGUUCAUCGGAAGUGGCACGACAAUAGCAGAAGCCGGGCCGGCGGGUGCCCUUGUCGCCUAUGCGGUGAUGGGCUCGAUGGUGUUCUUCGUGUGCACGUCGCUGGGCGAAGUGUCGACGUUCAUCCCUGUCUCUGAUCCGUUCAACCAUUUCGCCGCGCGCUUCAUGGACCCAGCGCUCGGAUUUGCCUUCGGGUGGAACUACUGGUACUCGUGGGUGCUGACGGUGGGCUCGGAGCUCGUUGCCUGCGGGAUCAUCGUGCAUUUUGUUGCGUUGGUGAUCAUGUUCCUGUUCAACGCCGUCUCAGUCAGGGGCUACGGCGAGGCCGAGUUCAUCAUGUCGUCGCUCAAAGUCAUCACAGUAUUCGUGUUCAUCAUUGUCGGCAUCCUGACCAUCACAGGAGCCACUGGUGGGCACUACUAUGGAGGUGAGAUGUGGCAUAAAGAGGGAGCGCCGUUUAAGGAACACAUUGUCGGAAUCCUGAAGGCCUGCAUUGUAGCAGCGUUUUCGUUCCAGGGCACUGAAAUCAUCGGUGUCACCGUCGGCGAGUCAGCCAACCCGCGCAAGGAUGUGCCUCACGCCAUCCGCUCGGUGUUCUGGCGUAUCCUGUUCUUCUACAUCGGCCAAUCACCGUUCACAAUGGUGUUCGAGCGGGCUGGAGCUGCCUGGGCUGGGCAUUUCUGUCCUGCUGGUAACUCGGGCCUGUAUGCGUCCACGCGCGUGCUGUGGGUGCUGGCCAAGGAGGGCAAGGCGCCGCGCAUUUUCCGCAAGGUCACCAAGGGUGGAGUUCCGAUCUGGGCUCUGUCAUUCACUGCCUUUCUGGUCGUGUAUGUGUUUUUGAUCAACCUCGCUGGUCUCUCGGGCAUCGUGUUCUGGCUCGGCAUCGGCCUGUGCCACUGGCGCUUCCACCGCGCGUACGUCGCCCAGGGCUACGACGUCAAGGACCUGCCUUACCGCGCUGCGCUGUUUCCGUUUGGUCCCAUGUAUGCAUGCUUCCUGCUGACAGUCAUCAUUAUUGGCCAGGGAUAUGGCACGAUCUGGCCCAAGUUUGAUGCGGUUGGGUUCGUGUCGACGUACCUAGCGCUGCCACUGUUUUUGAUCUUCUGGCUUGGCUGGAAGUACUACAAGAAGACAAAGUGGGUGUCGCUGAUGGAGUGCGACUUGGUUACGGGCACGCUGCUCGAGAUGGAGCGCAACGGCGAAAUUGAGGUUUUCCCGCCCGAGCAGCCGGGCAGACUGAAGCGCAUGCUGCGGUUCCGGGGCCGGCAGAAGUCAGACUAG